AGUUGACGAUUUACCAUCUGCCACUGCCAGGUGUUUUAGACGUUCUCCAACAUUUUCAAACAUAUUGCUGUAUUAUUAUUUUCAUUGCUUUAUAAAGUAUAGUCAAACAUGGAUGAGCAAAAUAUACCGAUUGAUAUUCAUACUACCAAACUCUUGGACUGGCUCAUAUCUAGAAGACACAUUCCCAAAGAUUGGCAGAAUCGAGUAAUAAAAGUAAGGGAGAAAAUCAACAAUGCAAUCCAAGACAUGCCUGUUCAUGAUGGCAUAGUCAAACUAGUCAGUGGUCAGCACAUCAACUACUUCCACUGCCUGAAAAUCGUCGAUAUCCUCAAAGAAACUGAAAAGGAUAGCAAGAACAUAUUUGGCCGAUAUGGUUCACAAAGAAUGAAAGAUUGGCAAGAUGUCAUUGCCGAUUACCAGAAAGAUAAUAUUUAUCUUGCAGAGGUGGCCGUAAUGCUUAUCCGUAAUGUGUCUUACGAGAUUCCAAGUAUGAAAAAGCAAGUACACAAGCUAGAGCAAUUACAGGCGGAAAAUGAGAAAAAGAUCAAGGACUGCAAUAAGUCGGAAGCUGUGUCUCAGAAGGAGUUCAAAGUUGCUUGUGGUCAAUUAGGCAUUAAAGGAGAAAAAGUAAAGUCUGAGCUUCUUGAUCUUUUAAACGAGCUUCCCCAACUGUAUGAAGAAACUGCCGAGAAAAUAACAAUAGUCAGAAGUGCCAUUGAGCUGUAUGCUGCCUUCACUAAAUAUCUUUCGGGGCAAGAUAUUGACUGUAUCAAUCUGCCUAUAUUAAGUUACUUAAUAGAAAAGGGGAACACGACGGCUUACGAGUUUGUUUAUGGCGAAAAACCAUUGAGAAUUGAAGAGCCGCAAAAAGCUACUAUGGAAGAGGUUGAUAAGGACGACGUAAAUGUAAUUGAUUUUGGCGAUAGUGAUAAUAUCGACUUUGGAGACAAUGGGGCUGAAGUCGAUUUCGGUGGUGAGACCAAAGAAAUCGAUUUUGGCGACCAGAUUGUUCUUGAAACUCCCAAAAGUGCUGAGCAAAUAAUUUGCUCUACAGACUCGUCAAAUGAUGGAUCAUUCGAAAUUAUAAGCUAUGAUGAUCUCAAUCCGGAUCUUGAAAUCGUCUUAGACGAAUCAGGAAUUGUGGUAGAGAAAUCUGGAGAAGAUGGGGGAAUUGCUCGGGGCGAAGAGGCGCUCACCAUAUUGGACCAUCCGAAGUACAGAGAGCAAAUUAUAAAUGACUUAAGCGAAUUGGAGGCCUUUGUGAAAAUGAGAUUGUUCGAAAUGUCUCACGAGUCGGACGUUCUUUCAAUGUCUCAGAUGCAAGAUGCAUCAACAACUCUCCAGAUGCAAACAUUGGAGUCUGUCACAGCGCUCGCUGAUUCCGUUAAUGUCGCUCUAAGCUGCCUGACCAAUAAAAGAAUUCAACAUUUGCAUAAUAUAAAACACUCUGAGAGAUAUUUGGACUUACUGACGGCCAGUCUGAAUCAAAAGCUCACUCUGGGUGAUCGAAUGAGGGCAACUAAAAAGGUACUGGAGGAUAAAACUGCACAAACGGCCGAUGAGAUUAGGAAACUCGUACCUGUGAUCAAAUUACUGUUCGAGAGGAGUAAGCAGAUGCAACGGGAAAUCCAGGAUGAUAUUUCUAAAAAGUAUAAUGGUAGAACUGUGAACUUAGUAGGGGGUGUAAAUGUACUAACAGUUUAGUCAUUUGUAGUGAUUUGGCAGCCAAGUGUUAGUAGUUUGGUCAAUAUCAUUGAAUUUUUGAUUGAAAAACUCAUUCUUCCUAUUGUAUUUUGACUGGUUUUCGUGUGUUACCUUGCAAAACUAUUUUUUUAUCGUACUUUAAUGAUAGUAAGGCGAAAGGAGUUAUAUUUAUUUACCUAAGUAUACUCGUUUCUUAUAUAUACUUUUUCCUGGGUUGUUAAGCGAGUCUCACGAAUUGUUUAACACUCUAGAAAUAUAAUCCUUUUAACAAAA